CACCCAGAAGACAAUGCAGGGGGGAGAAACGUCCAACAGCAGCGGGGAAUGCAACUUUGCAGACAUCGACAGAUUAGCAAAGACCCUGCUGCUGGGGAUCUCCAUCCCUACCUUCAUUCUCGGGCUGGUUCUCAAUGCCAUGGCUCUAUCGGUGUUCUGCUGUUUUUGGAAGAAGCAAACCAAAACUUCAGUGUACAUGAUCAAUCUCGCACUUGCAGAUGUCUUGCUGCUUCUCUCGCUCCCACUCAAGCUGUACUACUCUAUCAAGAAAGCACCCAGACUCCUGUGCUCAUUCAUAGAGUCUCUGUAUUUUGUCAACAUGUAUGGUAGUAUCUUCAUCAUCGUCUGCAUUACUGUCGACAGAUAUAUCUGCAUAAGGCACCCAUUUGAAGGUCGAGCUAACCAAUCCCCCAAAUGGGCUAUCUUGAUUUGCUGCUUCAUCUGGGCAGUAGCCUGGCUUUGCAGCACCCCAAUGUAUGUGUUUCAUGAGGAAGAUAAUUUUAAGUGCUUUCACAACAUGUCAGAACAGGCGUGGAGCACCCCCCUCAUUGUUUCUGUAGAAAUCUUUGGAUUUCUGAUCCCACUUGCAGUGAUUGUUUUCUGCUCUGCCCAAAACAUCUGGAUUCUUCUGAAUUACAAAAGUCAAGCUAAAAAGAAGGUAGAAAGCAAUGGCUCCUUACGAGUCAUUAUCAUCAACCUGGUGGUGUUUUUGGUGUGCUUCACACCUGUCCACCUUGCAAUCUGCCUGCAGUACCUGGUAAGACAUCACGUGAUAGCGGACUGCAGUCUGAAACAAACCAUCAGCUUCUUCAUUCAGGUGUCAAUGAUAAUAGCCAACCUCAACUGCUGCCUGGAUGCCAUCUUUUAUUACCUUGCUGCAAAGGAAUUCCGUGAGAAGACACACCUGAAAAAGAUGAUUGAACUGUGUCCUGUUUUUAAGCCUUGUGCCACAUGAUGAGACUGCCAGCA